AACCAUUCUUCAAUUACCCCAAGCCCUGCCCUUUCCUCGUUUCUUGUUCUUUGUCCUCUUCCCCUACUUCAUUAUAUAACUUCCCAACUGCAUUCAGUUUCCCUCACUCCACCACACACAACUCUUGCGAUCCAAGAAGAAGAUGAUCAAGUUCAGGUCCAAGAGAUUCAGCAGAAGCAUGUCCAAGCUUGGCUAUGGAGGCAAAGCGUCGCCGCCAGAAAAGGAGUGCAGGAACAUCUCCGACAUCAAGUGGGAACUUCGCCCGGGCGGCAUGCUUGUUCAGAAAAGGGACGCCGACCAAGAUGCCGGAGAUGGGGUUAUCACCAUCAGAGUCUCAACUGUGUCGCACUGGCAUGACAUUUCCAUUCAACCCACUUCUACUUUCGGGGAAUUGAAGAUGAUACUGUCACUGGUAACAAGUUUGGAGCCCAGAGAGCAGAGGCUUUUGUUCAGAGGCAAAGAGAGAGACGACGAGGAACACCUUCACAUGGUUGGGGUUAGAGACAAGGACAAGGUUCUGCUGCUACAGGACCCAGCGAUCAAGGAGAAGAAGCUGCUUGCCUUGGUAGGAGGUCAGGCCAUGGCCGCUCCUCGUCCUACCAUUACUGUAUGACUCUGAUUGAUCUAAUAGCAUCGCUGAUUAGCACUAACCACAAAAAGGAAAGUGGAGAAAGCCAAUUAGAAUGAUGAGCCUUUCUUCACCUGUCAUAUAUUAGUACCGUAAUUAUGUAGUCGUCUGUGGGUUCUGUAACUCGCUCCCUGAAAGUCUUGAUGGUGUAAACUCUGCUGUUGAAACAAUGCCGUUACAAUAUACGCGGACGUCGCUCUGUUAAUAGAAGUCUGUUGAUUCCGUUUGUGUCA